AUUUUUGUUAACGGAACAUGAAUGAAAUAAUCAACGAUGUUAAUUUAUUAAAAAUUUAUUUGACUUUUAUAUAGACGUUGAGUAAUCGUCAGUAAGUUCGUUGUUUAACAAUUUUAUGUCAGAACGGUCGAUAACGACGAGAGGAGCACGACGAUAAAGAAAAUUGUCUAUCUUUAUGCAUUCUGAAGUUUAUGAUUAUCGUGUUGGAAGUGUUCUACACUCCUGACACUUGACGUUACGAAUUAUCAAGUUACUUGUAAGGGCUCUUAAAUACAAACAUGGCGUAAGAAAUAAUAACAGCGAAAAUGAGCAGGAUACCGAAAACGGCCUGUCCAGGAGGCGGCCUUUAUGUCGUCGAAGGCGAGGUCUGUCUCUUGGCGACAGCAAUGCGACGAGGUACCCGAUGGUCCUCGCAUUCUCAUCAGGACGACGAUCAGGAUGCCCUUAUAAAAGGCUUGUCGACAUUGAAGGAAGCGUUGAAUGAGGUAAAAGAUUUGUCUCAGUUGGAACCUGGUGUAUUCUUGGCUCCAUUUCUUGAAAUCAUACGUUCUGAAGAAACUACAGGACCUGUUACCAGUCUUGCAUUAUCUGCCGUUAAUAAAUUUAUAUCUUAUGGCUUUGUUAAUCCUGAUCAUUCUGCAAUAGCAACGUGUGUAGAAGCAAUAGCUGAUGCCGUUACUCAUGCUAGAUUUGUAGGUACAGAUGCAGCGGGAGAUGGAGUCGUUCUUAUGAGAAUAUUGCAGGUUUUAAAAGCACUUAUGCUAGCACCAGCAGGGGAUCAUUUAUCCAAUGAAAGUAUUUGCGAAAUAAUGCUUAGCUGUUUUAGGAUAUGUUUUGAAACACGUCUUAGUGAACUUUUAAGAAGAACAGCAGAGCAUUGUCUACGAGAUAUAGUACAGCAUCUUUUCACUAGAUUACCAUUGUUCGCUGAUGACACAAGAGUUUUAUUGAGUAUGAAGAAAAUGAGAACGAAUAGUAUGGAAAGUACACGUACUAAACAUAAAAAGAAUAAAAUUCAUUCCAAACCAAGAUUAAAAUCGAAUGUAGAUGAUAUCGAAGAUGAAACGCAUCUUUUGAGUUCAGUCGAUAAAGUUAGAGCAGAAAAUGUAGUUACUUCGCCUGUUACUGCAGGAGGAAACAUUGUAGAUAUGCAAGGUUCUUUAGAUCAUGGAACGUCAUCUGAUAAAAUAGAAGAUGAAAAGAAUGAUAACAAGGAAAAUAAUAACAAAACCGACAAUAGCAAGAGCGAGUCUAUUAAGGAUGAAAUUUCGGAGGAACAGAAACAAGAAAAUUCAUUGAAUGACACGAAACAAAAAGUUCACGGUGAGAUAGAGAAAACUGAUAGUAUUAAUGGAUCACAAAAGGAUGAAAUUUCCCAAGUAGAAAUAAAAAUUUUAGGAAAGGAAGAUAUAGUUAAUACAAAAGGUACAUUAGAAGAAGAGUCUAAUAAUUCUCUUAAACAAAACGUAGCGGAGAGUCAAGAAAUACGAUCAAUAGAUGAAGAAAAAAGUAUUGACACUAUACAAUCACCAGUUGGUAGUGUAGAAGAUUUAUCCACAGACGAAAGUAUUACUAAUACAUCUAAAAUAUCGAAAACGAAAGAACCAGAACAAAUAGAAGAAUAUAUUAAUACUCAGGGAGUUCGGUUUAUGCCACUUCAACAAUUAGCACCAUAUGGUGCUUUGUGUGUGCGCGAGCUAUUUAGAUUCUUAGUUUCUUUGUGUAGUCCUCUUGAUAAACAAAAUAAUGAAGUUAUGACUCAUCUGGGUCUUAAUUUAUUGCAAGUAGCAUUGGAAAUUGCAGCAGAUGCUUUAUCUAACUUCCCAUCUCUACUUUUAUUGGUGAAAGAUGAUCUCUGUCGGAAUCUUAUUCUGCUUCUUGGAACUGAUAGAUUAUCGAUUCUUGCUGCAGACUUGCAAGUAUCUUUUUUACUAUUUGAAUCACAAAGAGAGUAUCUCAAAUUUCAAAUGGAGCAUUACAUAAUUAAAUUAACAGAAAUAGUGAGCUCAGAUUCUAAUAGGAUAUCGUACGAACAACGUGAAUUAGCACUUGAAGCUAUCGUAAGGCUAUGGAGAAUACCAGGAUUACCAGCAGAAUUGUAUCUGAAUUAUGAUUGUGGAUUGUAUUCGACAAAUCUUUAUGAAGAGUUAAUGAAAUUGCUUUCUAAGAAUGCCUCUGCUCUUAUGGGUAAUAUGCACAGUAUGCAAUUCAUUUCCUUGGAUGCAAUAUUUAUGCUUAUUUCUGGCAUGGAAAUUAGAUGUAAAGGCUACAAAGAAUUAUGCAAAUCUUCCAGGCAUAGUACCUCACAAAAUCUUCCAACGCGAGAAGAAUUACUUUCUAUAAAAACAAAUAAACGGUGGUUGAUAGUAGGAACAGAAAAGUUUAAUGAAAAUCCUCGAGAAGGAAUCACGAAGCUUACAGAGCACGGGCUUUUAGGAGGUAGUCCAGGACAUCCUGAUCCAGAAAAGGUUGCUAAACUUUUGAGAGAAAAUCCUGGACUUGACAAAAAAGCCAUUGGUGAAUAUAUAAGUAAGAAAGAGAAUAAGAAUAUUCUUAAUUGUUUUGUGCACAAUUUUGAUCUAAGAAACACUCGGAUCGAUCAAGCUCUAAGGCUCUAUUUAGAGUCUUUCAGAUUACCUGGCGAAGCUCCACUUAUUUCUCUUUUGCUUGAAAAGUUCGCUGAACACUGGCAUGAUAGUAAUGGCAAACCAUUUAGUUCAGCAGACGCGGCAUUUACUUUGGCAUAUGCAGUAAUUAUGUUAAACGUUGAUCAGCAUAAUUAUAAUGUCAAAAGACAAAAUAAUCCUAUGACCGCUGACGAAUUCAAGAGAAAUUUAAAGAAAGUAAACGGUGGUGCUGACUUUGAUCAAGAUAUGUUGGAUGAGAUAUAUUCUUCUAUAAAGGGAGAAGAAAUUGUAAUGCCAGCUGAACAAACUGGUUUAGUUAAAGAUAAUUAUUUGUGGAAGGUAUUAUUACGUAGAGGUGCUGGUCCAGAAAGUUCAUAUUUGAAAGUUGGAAAUGCUAGUGAGAUUGUUGAUAAAGAAUUAGCAGAGCACGCAUGGGCUCCGAUUAUAAGUGCUUUGUGUAGAGCAUAUGACAAAGCACCAGAUAAAGCUUUGCAACGCAGAGUAGCUCAGACAUUUCUUAGCUGUGCUGCUAUAAGCGCUCAUUAUAGCAUCAGUAGUGACUUAGAUACUCUUGUUGUCAGUCUCUGCAAAUUCACAGGACUAGCAACAGGUGGUGAACCUGAACAAGUUGUUCUCCAUAUAGGAGGUAGUGGAAAAUGUCAAUUAGCUGCACGUACGCUUUUCAAAAUUACGCAUUCACAUGGGAAUGCUUUGAGAGCAUCAUGGAAAAAUAUCGUCGAUUGCCUGCAAGCGUUGUACAAGGCAAGAUUGUUACCAAAGAGCCUUACAGAAGGAGAAGAUUUUAUAGAUCCGUCUGGUAAAGUGUCUUUGAUUCGAGAAUCAACAACACCGAAACAACCUCCGGUCGAUCAAGGAAUAUUAUCUAGUUUGUACUCAUAUAUCGCGUUAGAUACUUCUCGAAUGCCUCAUCCCGCAGAAGCAACCGCUCGCAAAAGAGCUACUGAAUUUGUAGCCAAUUGCUAUUUAAAACAAAUUAUAGAAGAAAGUAAAUUCUUACAGGUUGAAUCCCUUCGUUCACUUAUCGGUGCCCUUGUGUCGGCAAAUUCAGACGAUGAAGAUAUUUCAGUUUUUCUAUUAGAAUUACUAUUAGAAGUGACCAUUCAAAAUCGGGAUAGAGUAAUGUGCAUAUGGCCGAUAGUGCAAGCUCAUUUGGAUGGUUUAUUAACUACAAGCGCCAGAGAAAAUCAUCCAUAUCUUUUAGAGAGAGUAACAGUGGGUAUGCUGAGAUUGGCUAUCAGAUUAUUACGCGGAGAAGAAUUUGCAUAUACGGUUUUACCACCUUUGCUACCUUUGACUCAUCUACCUUCCUCCGCUUGUCCACCCUUAGCAAGACAGAUCGCUUACGGAUUGUUUGAAUUAGUAAAAACAGGUGCAGCAAAUAUUCAUAAUACAGAAGAUUGGAAAGUUGUAUUUAAUUUGCUGGAGUGUGCCGGAGCGGGUGCUUUGUCACCUAAACAGACAAAUACUGUAGUAGAUGAAGUAGUAAAUAGCAGAGCAUCUGUCCUUGAUCCUAGACCUAUCAGUCCUGUACCGGAGUGGGUACUCGUGUCGCCAACAGGAACAGAAGCACCACUUCCGGUUGCUGCUGAUACGAUAGUUCUAGAUCGAGACCUGCAACCUCACGAUCCUGCUGCUUUAAUCAAGUGUUGUGAAAGUUUAACUUUUCUAGUUCGAGAUGUGGCUCACGUAACACCAUUCAAUUUCGAGAUGUGUGUUCGUUGUAUAAGAACUUUUGCCGAAGCUGCCCUUCAAUGUGCUGGAAAACGUAACAGAAUACAUAGUAAUACGGAAGAACCACUUGGUUAUCAACAAUGUCCUAUACACCUUUUGGAUUUGAUGCACGUAUUGCAUACAAGAACUGCUCAUGUUUUUCGAUGGUGGGCCGAAGAAGGUGGAACCACAGAAGGAGUUUCUCUUUGGCCUCAAGCUUGGAGACCUCUUUUGCAAGGAAUUGCGCGUCUAUGUUGUGACGCUCGUAGACCAGUUCGUACAGCAGCUAUUACAAAUUUACAAAGUACAUUACUCGCUCAUGAUUUGGCUCAACUGACGGCCAUCGAAUGGUCGCAAUGUUUGGAACAGGUGUUGUUCCCUUUGUUAGCUCAAUUACUUGGACCUAUUGCAACCAAUGAUCCUAUCGGCGUUGAAGAGACAAGAGUUAGAGCUGCCAUGCUAUUAUCAAAGGUCUUUCUUCAUCAUUUAACACCUUUACUAACUCUUCCUGGAUUUCUUCCUCUUUGGUUGACAGUACUCGACUUAUUGCGUGCUUACAUGCACGCAGACAAUAGCGAGCUUUUGUUUGAAGCAAUACCUGAGUCCUUGAAAAACAUGUUGUUGGUAAUGUCUUCUGCAAACGUGUUGGCACCUAGUUCCAAUUUGUGGGCUCCAACAUGGAGAGCAAUCGAUGGAUUUUUACCAACGUUAAAGGCAGAAUUAUUUCCUGAGCCGCCUCCUCCGCCAUUAUCAUCGCAAACGCAGCAAGUUCCACAAGUUAUUAGUUUAAUUGGUCAACAACAACCUUCAUUUUCAAAAACCGUAGCUCCUCAAACAGAGCUUUCACAUUCGCAGAAAGAAAAUACUUGUCAUACAUUGGAAGUAAAAUCAGGCGCAUCUGAAUUCGAAGGUGUUUCACGAACCGGAGGAAUCCCUAUUCCGAUUUCUUUACCUCCUCUUGGAUUUGAAAGUAAGGAAACGCAACAAGUAAUCACUUUAGUAAAUCAACCACCACCAAGCGUAUCCAGUCCAGUUGCAGUACAGCCAGCUGCUCAACGUGUAUUCGAUAUUUGUCAAAUAGUGCCACAUAAAAUGGAAGUAUCCGAACAACAACAGCUACACCCGCAGUCGGGAUUAAAAGAAGAAGAUAUCGAUCGACUUUCGAAGAUAAAUCAAAAAAACGAGUAUUCUACAACGCAAAAAUAUGAAAAAUGGAUACAGCAGCAUUCUUUGCAACAACAAAAAUGUUCGUUAGAAGAUCCCUGUACACAGCCCUUCGUUUACAAACAAAAUCAGGAGUUUCAACAUAUGGCAACAGUGAAUCCCUCACAUUGUGCUGAUACAUCUGAGACGACGACAGUAGAUACUACAGCGACAACGAUGUUUAAUUCUGCAGCGUAUUUUAGCGAGGAUCCCGCGGCGGACCGUCUGUUCGUCGUAACAAAUCCUUGACGACUGUACAUUCGUUAUAUAUAUUGUAUUAUAUAACUAUUUCUAUAAAGGUAAAAUCAUGUUUUACAGAUGAUAAAUUUUUAAGUACUAUAGAUCAGUAUAAUGUCGGGUAAAAAUGAAACCAUACAUCUUUGGCUUGUAUAUUUGGCACAGCGAUGAUAUAUAUAUAUAUAUGUAUAUAUAUAUAUGUAUAUACAUAUAUGUAUAUAUAUAUAUACAUAUACGUAUACAUACAUAUAUAUAUAUAUACACAUAAUAUAUUAAUAAAAAUAUAAUAAUAUGAUAUGUUAUUCUACUUGAUUCUCUGUACAAUGUGUUAUUGUUGUGGAUAUUUUAUUAGAUUUCUCCUUCGAGAUAGCCAGAUUUUUUGUUGGUUGUAAAUUUUUGAUAACCGCUCUUAAGUAUAUAAAACAUACAGAAUUUAGUAUUGAAUUUCGUAAAUUUUCCUGUAGGUGAUUCAUGUGAUUGUUAAAGUUUGUUAAUGCUUUAUAUGAUGCCGUAUUCAGAAAUUAUAUAAAAACCAAAGAAAUAAAUUUACGCACUUCAGUCAAAACAUAGAAAUAUUUGAAUCGAAUCACUAAUUUUUUCGACGUCUUUGAUGAAAUAAUAAUCAUGAUAAUAAAAUAAGGAUUUUAAUAAUAAUAAUAAUUCAAUUCAAAUGUAUUUUUUUUUCAUUAGUCUCUGAUAAUUUUAUGAUAAUAUUAGCAUUGCAUAUUUGCAGAAAAAAAGAAAUAUAUAUAUCGAAAUUAUAUAUUUAUUAAUGUUAUUUUCUUUGGCGAUGGAAAAUUCGUUUCAUUACUUAUUAUUAAUAUACAAUAAAACUACUAUCUAACUUCAAACGCGUAUAAGUCAUAUCUCUCAAGUAUUCCUAGUCGUUCUCUAACGUUUUUAAGUUUUUAAUAGAGUUGAUUAUAGCACGUUUAUGUCAAAUUCUCGCCUUGACAGAUAUUAUGUGUAUGUACAGUAUCGAAUAGUAUUGUUUCGUAACACUUAUUCUCUUUAGAUUGUGACAAAUAAUUAAAAUAAAAGAUGAAUAUACGCUC